UGAGUCUCCGCCCACCACACCAGGUCCCGCCCCCUGCGCGUGGGCCCCGCCUCCAGGCCCAACCCAAGAUGGCGGAGAUCCCCCUCUACUUUGUGGACUUGCAGGAUGACUUAGACGAUUUGCUCAGCUCUAGCUUAUUUUGGAGCUAGGAAUUGAACAUGGGACCUCCAGGACCUCAGGAAUAUUGUUCAGUUUAUUCAUACUGUAUGGACUCCACCAUAUUCACCAUCUCCAAGUUCACCCCUCGCCAGGUGAACUUUCAGCAGGAAAAUUAAGAUGUGUAAUAUCAAAAUGGAGCACAGGAGCUGCUCUGACUUACACAUUUCUUUCCUAUCAGAUGGAUUUGAAGACUAUGGUCCAGAUUGUGAUAGCAUGAGGGUAACGGCCUUCUUGGACAUUCCAGGCCAGGAUGACUUGCCUCCACUCACUCGCCUGGAAAAGUAUGCCUAUAGUGAUAACAUCUUAAACCGCCAGAUUAUUGCUAGAGGGCUACUUGAUAUCUUCCGGGACUUCAGCAAUAAUGAAGAAGAUUUCUUAACAGUAAUGGAGAUUGUAGUCAGAUUGUCAGAAGAUUCAGAGCCCUCAGUGCGGACCGAGCUGGUGGAACAGAUUCCUUCUAUUUGCAUUUUUUUACAAGAAAACAGAUCAAAUUUUCCAGUGGUGCUUUCUGAAUAUCUCAUACCUACUGUAGUGAGGUACCUCACAGAUCCAAACAAUCAGGUUAGAAAAUCAAGUCAGGAAGUGCUCCUGAUUCUUCUGGAACAAGAUCUAAUUUUCCAGCACGAUAUUGAAAACAAAGUGUGUCCAAUCCUGCUGGCACUUUCUGCCCCUGACAGUGAUGAAGAAUAUAAAGCAGAAGUCGUGACUAUAAUCUGCAAACUAGCAUCAGUGCUGAACAGGCACACAGUUGAACACUUGUUGCUCCCUCGAUUCUGUGAAUUGUGUAGUGAUGGGAAGCUUUUUCAAGUUCGGAAGGUAUGUGCUAUAAAUUUUGGUGAUAUUUGUCAUGCUGUUGGACAAGAAGCCACUGAGAAAUUUUUGAUACCAAAGUUUUUUGAACUCUGCUCCGAUCAUGUUUGGGGGAUGCGAAAAGCCUGUGCAGAGUGCUUCAUGGCAGUAUCUUACAACACAUCUUCAGAGGUCCGCAGAAGCAAGCUCUCCCCUCUAUUCAUCAGACUCAUAAGUGACCCUUGUCGGUGGGUAUGCCAGGCAGCAUUUCAGUCCCUGGGCCCUUUCAUUUCCACCUUUGCAAACCCCUCCAGGGCUGGGCUUCAUAUUCAAGAAAAUGGCACCCUGAGCAUUCGACCACCUGCUCAGGAUUUGGACUCUGACUUACCCUCCAUGCCAGCCAGUGCGGGCAAUAGUGAUAACACUUCUUCAUCUUGCUCUACAAAGUUGGAGAGGACAGAGGCAGAUCUACCCAUGGAAGGUGCAUCAAUGGAAACCAGUAAUUUCUUCCAUGUCAGUAACGACUCUAAAGUCCUAGUGGAAAGCCCAGUAACAGACUCUGUCUUGUAUGGAGCUGAGUUGACGACACUUUCCCCAGUGGCCAGUGCCUUCCUGACAUUCCCUGAUCUCACUGACCUCCCCAUCAAGAGCCAUCCUGGACCAGAUUCCUGGACCUGCCUAGGGAGGCCUGAGGAUAUAUUCAGUAAUUUUCUUUAUUGGCGAACUCCACUCCCUGACAUAAGCAAGGACCUAGAGCUACUCCUGAGUGAGGUGGGGCAGCAAGAAGAAGGCUGCAGCUGCAGCCCGCUUGCAACUGUGCAUAACCACUGUGUGGCCCAGAGUGAGAUCCAAAAAGUCCUUGAGAGCUUGCAGGAGCAUAUGAUGAAUGAUCCAGAUGUUCAAGCUCAAGUUCAGGUAUUAUCAGCUGCACUGAGAGCUGCACAGUUUGACUCUGUGAAUGAGCCUGAGCACAGGAUGACAGAAGGUCUAAAUGAGGUGUCCAUUUCAGAUCCCAGUCCUGCCUCUGACAAUCAGAUGGCUCUGUCAGCUUCAUCAUCUCAGAAUGAUCUCUCUGUGGCCGGGAUAUUGCAACACGCAGAUCCAGGUGAACCCUCCAAAGGCACCAGCAACCAUUUGGAGACCAAGCAUGAGCAUGAACCCACCCCACUUGAGGAUAAUAAACCCAAAUUACAGGAUAUAGUGCCUCAGCCCUUACUAGAUCAAUAUGUGUCAAUGACUGACCCAGCACGAGCCCAGACUGUGGAUACUGACAUAGCCAAACACUGUGCCUACAGCCUCCCGGGGGUGGCGCUUACCCUGGGCAGGCAGAAUUGGCACUGCUUAAAAGAUACAUACGAAACGCUGGCUUCUGACGUACAGUGGAAGGUACGUCGGACCCUGGCCUUCUCUAUCCAUGAACUGGCUGUGAUUCUCGGGGAUCAAUUAACAGCAGCUGACCUGGUGCCCAUCUUCAAUGGAUUCUUAAAGGACCUGGAUGAAGUACGAAUAGGAGUUCUUAAGCACUUGUAUGAUUUUCUAAAGUUGCUGCAUGAAGACAAGAGGAGAGAAUAUCUUUAUCAGCUUCAAGAAUUUGCAGUGACUGAUAAUAGCAGGAAUUGGAGGUUUCGAUAUGAACUAGCAGAACAGCUGAUCCUGAUUUUGGAGCUCUAUAACCCCAGUGAUGUGUAUGAUUAUUUAAUGCAUAUUGCCUUAAAAUUAUGUGCAGAUAAAGUUUCUGAAGUUCGGUGGAUCUCCUUCAAACUAGUUGUGGCAAUUCUGCAGAAGUUCUAUUCCCACAGUGAAAAUGCACUGGGGUUAAAUUUCAUCAGUGAACUCAUCAUACGGUUCCGGCACUGUUCUAAGUGGGUCGGAAGGCAAGCUUUUGCUUUCAUUUGUCAGGCAGUGGUGACUGCGGAGUGUAUCCCUGUGGAUCAGUUUGUUGAACACUUACUCCCCAGCCUUUUAAGCCUCACAUCAGAUCCUGUUCCAAAUGUGAGGGUCUUGCUUGCCAAAACUCUAAGGCAGACACUAUUGGAAAAGGCAUACUUUAGAAAUGCUGGUAACCCUCAUCUUGAAGUUGUUGAAGAGACCAUCUUAACUUUGCAGUUGGACCGGGACCAAGAUGUUUCAUUUUUUGCUACUCUAGAACCAAAGCGGCAGGAUUUUAUAGAUACUGCUGUGCUAGAGAAACAGAAUUAACCACUAUGUGAUCUACUACAAGCUGAUCAUUUUAUGUUUGGCAUGUGUUGUUUACCCUAACUUGAAGGGGAGUUGUAUCAUACUCUGUGAGGGAGGUGAGAACUCUGAUGAAACUUUCACCCCACACAUUCCAGUGACUCCUUUUCUAGCUGCAUUCACAAGUCUGAAUCUAGGAGAGUCCCAGGUGGCCAUACUGUGCUCCACUGCCAUGUGCUUGCUAUCCAGAUCAGGAAGACUGUGGUAGGUAGGCCAGAGAUCCCUGUGGUUGAAUGAGUAUGAAGGUGUCCAUGGUAUUGGAUUGCCUGCAGGGAUUUGUCUCUCUUUUAGGCUAUAUUAUUUAAAUACCCACCCCCAAUAAAGUAGUUUAAUAGAAGUUUUCAAUCCUUACAGAUUAGCAUAUCUGGUUUUCUUUAUGCUUUCCUGUAAUAUAUAGUUUAUGGUAUUAUGUUUUUAUUUUUAACCAGAAAACUAUAUGUAUGUAAAUAACUUUUGACAGGAAGAAAAUAUAUUAAUGUAUUAUUAGCCUCCUAUCAGUGAACAGAAUAAAUUCAUCAUUUAAAUUUA